GCAGAGCGGGCAGGGGAGGAGCCGUGCGGGGCCGGAGCGGCGGAGUCCGGGCAGGGACAGCACUGCCCCGAGCACGGCGGGGAACGACGGCGGCGGCCACCGGGGCCACGCGUGGGGCAACCUCGCCGAGCCCACCGGCCUCUCCCCCCGCCAGGAUGAAGCGGCUCUGCGAGGAGAGCUCGUCCGACACGGAAUCUGACGGCACCAUCGACGUGGGCCGGGAGGAGGAGUACAGCCAUGUUUCCAGGUCUGUGUCUCCCACUACGACAUCUCAGAUACAAGCCAGGAAGAAGAGGAGAGGGAUCAUCGAGAAGCGGCGCCGUGACCGCAUCAACAGCAGCCUCUCGGAGCUGCGGCGCCUGGUGCCCACGGCCUUCGAGAAGCAGGGGUCUUCUAAGCUGGAGAAGGCAGAAAUUCUACAAAUGACAGUGGAUCACUUAAAAAUGCUUCACGCCACAGGAGGAACAGGCUUCCUGGAUGCCCGGGCUCUGGCCGUGGAUUACAGAAGCAUCGGCUUCCGCGAGUGUCUCACCGAAGUUGUCAGGUACCUGGGCAUCCUCGAGGGCCAAAACGCCGCCGACCCCAUCCGGCUGCGACUCCUCUCCCACCUGAAUAAUUACGUGGCAGAAAUGGAGCCUUCACCCGUGGCCACGUCCCUGCUGCCCAUCCAGGCCUGGCCGUGGUCCUUCCUGCACGGCGCCGCCGGGCCUGUGCAGAUCCCCAGGAGGGAGGCUGCUCCCGCUCCGGUUGUUUUGACUGCAUCUUCCCUGGCUUACCCGAGCCCCGCAGUGAGGCCGGCCCCGCUCCGCCGCGUCCCCGGUGAGAUGCUGCCAUCCCGCCGGAGCUUCCUGGCCAGCAGGAUGGGCUCCUCCAGCCGGAGGGCCCGGGGCGCUGGCUCGGCCGCAGCCGUGCCGGCCGUGCCCAGGAUGCCGUCGCCAGCGGGAGCACUGAGGGAGGGCUCAUCCAAGAGCAGCCAAAUCGCCACUUUCCUCUUCUCCCCAGCCUCUGCCGGCAUCCCUGUGCCGCCAGCUUACGCGGCACCUCCCGUCUUGGGUGCUGCCGCGCAGGGACCCGGGAUCAGGGUUGGGACAUCCAGGAUCUGCCGCUCCUGGGCGACGGAAAUCGGGGCUUUCUGACCCUCCCUUCCCCUCUGGAGACAGGAGUUCUUCAGUGCUCAUUGCCCGCAGGGCUGAGAACAAACUCGGUUGAAAAGGCAUCUUUCCUGCUUUGCAGAAGCCAAGGAUCCAUAGAGAAAAUUCUCUCUGCUCUUCCCUCCCUCCUCGCGCCGCCCUCCUCGCCUCGCCGUCGCACGUCCUCUCCCUCGUGACGCCUGCAAACGUAAAUCACAUCCAACUCCAUGCACUUGUCUGCACGAGGCCGUGCUCCAGACCCUUCUGGCUACGAGGGAGGGGGCACACGCAGAUCCCAACCCCGUUCCUCCUCCAGCAAACCCCUCUGCAGAACCCAGCGUUGCUGUCCUUCGGAAAACAACCAGCCUUGAAAUACUGUCUUUAUUCCCCCGAGGACUCGGAGCUGCCAGCCAGACUCGCUCGUGCUGAUUCCCUUCGACGCGUCCCCCAGCUGCAGCUCCUCAUUUUGGUGUGGUGGGAUGGACACAGCUCACACCCCAUGCCCAGCACUGCUGGCACCCACGAGGCAGGCUCCAGCCCCCCCGCCCCCAGCUCCCGAAGAGAACUGGCUGCCUGCUAAUCCCUGUGCUUUCCUCUUCGCAUUACCAGCUUUUCCCACUUAUGUGCCCUUAAGGUGGAGUGAGGCAGCGGCUUAGCAGGGCUCGUUCCCACAGCCCCGCUGAAAUCCCGCCGUGGCUGCAGGGCCUGCGCUGGGUUCCCGGCACAAACCCUGCCGGAGCAGCUGGCCAGGCCACCCGGGCUCAGCCCUUGCCCUGCACCACCGAGGUGUGAAGAGGCGAGACAGAGGAUUUCAAAGGGACGCCUGUUGUUGUUGCUUUUUCUUCUUUCGGAACCCAGGGUUCCAACAGCCUGUCACGGAGGGGAAGGCUCUGACGGCCAAAGUGAGAAGAAGAUGCCUUUCCCUCUGCCAGUCUCCCUGCUGGAGCUGUCUCUCCUCCACCCCCUGCUGAACAGCCGUGACUGCAAAGGGGGAAAAUGGGUCGGAGCAGCCUGAAUUUGAAGUGCCUCCCUCGUUCUCCCUGAGCCCAGCAUCCCUCACCCUCUCCUCCCACAGUGUUUCUGUUUUCUUUCUCCAGCACCACAUUUGGGUCUCACACCUCUCAUCCCCCUCCCUGGGCUGGGACCAAAACCCACUGAGGUGUCACUGCACUUGUCCUGAGUCCUGAGAGCUCUCCCUGCCUUGCCCUGUGUGCCCCCAGAUGACUGACACAGCAGAUUACACCUCGGCUCCUCCAGCUGGCCUCCUCUCCUCUCUUCUUUGGGCAGAAAGAACAGAAACUUGAAGCUUUCAAGCCACCCCGCUCCUGUGCCACUUCCCGUGGUGGCAGAGCAGGGUUUCCCAGUGCUCCCUCCCACCUGAACAGCCCCUGCUCCGUGCAUUUGUGCCUUGACUUGCUGGGAUAAACGUGCAGAAUAUCCUGGACCCAGCUGCACGCCCACCCCUUGCCCACCUCUACCACGGAAAGAGAGAGAAGGUCAGUGCAAAGAAAGGUAAAAAAGAGGGAGAAGAUCUCUUUUGAAUGGGAGAAGCUCUUCCCAUGCCUCAGGUCAGAGGUGCAGCCGGUCGGGCUGUGGGGAUGAGCUGUUGUUUUCCUUCCUGCAGAUGGUAUCUGCCAUGUGCAUGUCAAUGUAUGUAUCUGCCUUUGUUUGGAAAGUGAGUCCCUCCCAGUUGUUUUGAUGGAAGUCAUCGCACUUAGCGCACAGAAAUGCCUCUGCUACUUCUCACCCUUGUCCUCAAGCACCGGAAUCAGCCAGGAACAACAUAUUUCCUUUUAAUAAAGUCACAGGAGGGAGGUCCUCGUGGACCCUGGCUGUUCCUGCAGCUGGUUUGUGCACUAGAGCUCACGGCCUCACUUUACACUGUGCAGUGCUCUUAGAUUCACGAGCUGUGACAUCAGCAAAGGUGGCAAAUAAAGUCUUUCAAACCCCCUG